AAUUCUAAUUUAACUAUAAAUACCUUUCUGGUCUAUCUAUGAUCUAUCCAUAUCUCUUCUCCAUAGCCAUAACUGGUUGAUUUAAUUGGAGGCCUGCCUAAUUUGGUUGAAGAUAAUAAGUUUGAUCUGCUUGGUGUUGAUUGAACUUCUAUGCUAAUUAGCUACGCUAUUUUAAUAGGAAGAGCUUGCUUACCAAAAACACACACGCAUAUUUAUAUAUAAACCUUCUAAGCUUCGUUGUUUUGGAACUUCUACACCUUUCUUGAUAUGGGAGAACCUCAAGAAGUGACAAUGCAGAUUAUGGUUCAAGAAGCUAAAGAAGCAAACUCGGCUGAUUCUGCGAGUAUUACAAGCCGAUCAGCAAUGGAACAAAGAAGAAGGAAUUACAAUUGGUGGUUUAGAAUAUCAAUAUACAUAAUCUUUCUCCUCGUUGGCCAGUCAGUAGCUGUUCUCUUAGGAAGACUCUACUUUGUUAGAGGUGGAAAGAGUAAAUGGAUGGCAACAUUAGUUCAACUUAUUGGCUUCCCAAUUCUCAUUCCUUGCUAUUUCUUUCUAAAACUCAAAAUUCCAAGGGAAAAUGAUAUAAUAAUUACAAAAUCACCAUCUUCGUUAACCCUAGCAGCAAUCUAUAUAUCGUUUGGUUUACUCAUAGCAGUAGACUGCUUUCUGUAUUCAAUUGGGUUGCAGUAUCUUCCUGUUUCUACCUACACUCUCAUUUGUGCAUCUCAAUUAGCCUUCAAUGCUUUUUUCUCAUUUUUUCUGAAUUCCCAGAAAUUUACUCCAUUUAUAGUAAAUUCUCUAGUCCUUUUAACAAUCUCCUCUGUCCUGUUAGUGUUCAAUAAUGAGUCUGGAAACCCUACUGGAGUUUCCAAAGUGAAAUAUGCAAUCGGUUUUGUCUGCACUGUUGCUGCUUCUGCUGGGUAUGGAUUGGUACUUUCAUUAACACAGCUUUUUCUCAGGAAAGUUGCUAAAAAGCAAACAUUCAAGGUAGUCAUGAGCAUGAUAAUCUAUCCAUCGGCAGUUGCAACUGUAGUGACAUUGAUUGGACUUUUUACUAGCGGAGAAUGGAAUGACUUGACAAGAGAAAUGAAUGGGUAUCAGUUAGGAAAAAUUUCUUAUUUGAUGAACUUAACUUGGACAGCUAUAAUUUGGCAAAUUUUCACAAUUGGAUGUGUUGGGUUAAUUUUUGAAGUAUCUUCUUUAUUUUCCAAUUCCAUAAGUGUUCUGGGCUUGCCUAUUGUUCCAGUUCUAUCUGUUUUUGUUUUCCAUGACAAGAUGGAUGGUGUCAAAAUAAUUUCCAUGGUUUUGGCUGUCUGGGGCUUUCUUUCUUAUGUUUAUCAGCACUAUAUCGACGAUCAAAACUCCAAGGCUGGAAAUGAAAGUAUCGGUCAAGUUUCUAAAGCUUCCUUAUUGCAGCUUGAAGAGUUAGCACUUAAGAGUACUUCUGCUAGAGUUUGAAGAAUUUUAUUAAAUGAAUUACAGGUAAAGAGUGGUAUCCUGUUUUUCCUGUAAUUUCCAGUGUAGAAGUUUACAAGUGGUAAGUAACUAUAAAAAGAGUAGUAAAAUAUUAUAGACUAGUAGAUGGUUACAUUUUGAAUUUCCAUUGAGCAGGUUAUGAAAUACGAUUUUCUUGGAUUGUCAGAAGAUGAUGUUUGUUUCC